GGUCAGUGUGUCACUCUGGUAAAACUGACAGUCUUCCGGUCCUCGUAGUUUACUUUUGAGUUUCUCUCACUCAUCAUGUGUUCGGUCGAGAUGUCAGAAGGCUCGGUUCGGGUGGAGAUCUGCGGAGAUCAGACGCUGUUCUACCGACAGGCGCUUCCGUCGAGCGGUACCGGUAAACUCUGCGUCCUGUUGCUGCACGGGAUCCGGUUCUCAUCGGAAAACUGGCUGAAGAUCGGGACUCUGGAGACUCUUGCGGCCGCGGGUUACCGAGCUGUGGCGAUAGACCUGCCAGGCCUGGGUCAGUCUAAGGCGGCUCCGGCCCCGGCUCCAGUGGGUCAGCUGGCUCCAGGUGUGUUCCUCAGACAGGUGUGUGAGGGUCUGAACACGGGUCCUGUGGUGGUCAUCAGCCCGUCUCUCAGUGGCAUGUACUCGCUGCCGUUCCUCGUCCAGCACUCGGAGCAGGUCAAGGCCUAUAUCCCUGUAGCUCCUAUCUGUACAGAGAAGAUCUCAGCAGAGCAGUACAGCGGCGUACAGACUCCAGCUCUUAUAGUUUAUGGAGACCAGGACACUCAGCUUGGGGAAGCGUCGCUAAGCAACCUUAGCCAUCUACCCAAUCACAAGGUGGUGGUAAUGAAGGGGGCGGGGCAUCCUUGUUACCUUGAUGAUCCAGAGACCUGGCAUAAGGCAAUCCUCGACUUCCUACAGUUGUUGUGAUCGUAUUAAAAGCCCUAAUACAGUAAAAGUUUAAACAUUAAUUACAUAACCAAUAUGAAGUACAUUUAAUUAUAACUGAAUUAUCGUGUCAGAAACACUCAGUUUUUUGCUAUGCAACUUUGCAUAAUCACAUCUUUUUGUGCUUUUAUUUGCAAAGCUAUUCAUGUGGACGCCUGGCAUUUAAAUCCCGCUCAACAUAGCCUACUUAUGACUACUGUAAUAGUGCAAUUUUUCAACUUUUCUGCUUUUAAAAGACAAAUAAUUAGAAACUGCAACUAAAACCCAAUCAUUAUGUAGUACAGUAUUGUGGUGCCACACGUUAACAUUGGGACCAAAGACAAUGUUUCUGAUGAACCUCUAUAUAACAUGUUGAAUGCACCAGAAAAAUAAACACAACACAAUGCACUGAAGUGAAAAAUAUGAACAUUAUUUAAUAACUGAUUCUCUGUAAUAAACAAUUUGAAAAUA